CGACCUUCCUCCCCGUCCGCUCCUUCAAUUCCCCAAUGUUCACCCUUUUCGAGUUCCUCUUAGCCCUUAGUGCCAUCUUGGCGGUCUACGCAGCGCCGAAGAUCUCGCCUGCUGCGCCAUCCGAGCGCCGCGCAUCCGACCAGUCGUACGACGCGAUGGCCACCUACUACGACCCCAACGGGGCCACGAGCGAGUGCGGGCAGAAGCUCCUGGACACGGACUCGUUCGCCGCUAUCGCGGUCAAUAUCUUCAACAAGGAUCUCUGCGGCAAGACCAUCGUCGUCACCCAUGACGACAAGCAGAUCGAGGUCCCCAUCGAGGAAAUGUGCGCCGCGUGCGAUAACAAUGGGCUCGCACUGUCCCCGACGGCGUACAAGCAGCUCGCGAGCCUGGAAGAAAGGACGAUUUCGGUCCAGUGGGAUUUCUCGGCGUAGUAACUGAGGAACGUCGGUGAACGAAUUCGGCAGACUGCUAGGUGGCUACGGUCGGAUCUGAUUGUAACGAGGGAUUAGAGAUAUUUAUGCGUGAUCUCA